AUGUUCAUUCCGGUAGUGAAACAGGAAUUAGAAUUUGCGGUCCUUCCGAGACUCACCGAUGAACAAGCUUAUGAACAAUGCAAAACAUUUCUGCCGACUUUAAGACUCAAAAUUCAAGAUUUGAGAAAUAUGGGAGUUUUGGCGAUUGAAAAACAAAAAGAUGACAAGCAGGCAGAGAAAGUCGGCGUUUGUCGCAAAUACAAUCACUUCUACCACAUGAAACUUCAGCACAUUAUUCAAAAUACUAUUAAGGAUUUAAAGAACGACACGUUUACAGCUCAGAGCAAUAAGAUAUUCUUCACCAAUGUUCAUCAAGCUCUUUUGGAUUGGAAGAAAUACUCAAAAUCGCCAUGUACUAAACCAACAAAAAAUUGA